CAUGGUUCAGGAAAAACAAUAGAGGUUGUAGCAAACCCUCCCAAGCAAAGAUGCAUUAAUGUGUGUUUGAGAAGUCGAUAAGAUGCACAAUGCACUGCAAUCUUUCUGGUUUGCACAAGUGUGGAAUUGUAGAAGCAUGCUCGUAUCUUCCAUCUAUUGACAUGGAGAUGUUUGAUCAAUGGCAGUCUUUGGCUCAGACCACAAACAAUCCCGGUCUGCUGUGUCCUGGAAUGAUUGCUCAUGCACAUCAUUCGACAGCAAGCUGCGGCGGCUGAGCAGCGUGGGAUUUUCAAGUCUGCAUCGGCUUCCGAUGUUUUGCUCAAUUUGGCUUGGACUCGAGAUGGCCAAGAACAAGCCGCAUUGUACAGCUCGCUACCCCACGUCUCAAGUGUUGAUUAUUUUGUGAGUCAUUCGUGGUCCUGUCCACGCUGGAAGAAGAUCCUGGCGAUUUCUCAUUAUUUCAAUUUGAAUUUGGCAAUCUGCAUGUGGGGCUUCACAUGUAUUUUGAUGUCCUUCAUGCUUAUUGCAUAUGCAGGAGGCCUUAGCAGCGUAGCACGGGAAUGUCAACCGGUGCUGUAUGGCACUCUACUACAUGUUCCGAUGGCUGUGUUUCUCAUCACCUACCUUUUUGGCCAUUUGCUCUCCGGCAGGCGCUUUUGGUUCGACUGCGUUUGUGUGAACCAAUCGAACGCAUUGGAGAAAGGAGCGAUACUCCAAGCAAUUCCAGCCUUUGUGGCAAACUCCACGCACAUGUUGAUCUUGUGGGAUGAGAGGUACUUCGAUCGCUUGUGGUGCAACUACGAGCUGGCGGUGUCUGCCUUGACCUCAAACUCAAGUGGCGAGCUACGGGAGAUGCACUUCGUGCCAACCUGGGCGCCGCUUUGGACCUUGUCCUCGGUGGCCGCGACCUUCGUCCUCGCUGAAACCUACGAUGGAACAAAGCCAAUGGUGGAUUCACACUCAAGAGCUUCACUCUUUGUAUCUUGGUUCAAUUUCGAAUUUGCACCACUCUGGACAUGUUUUGUGGUGGCCAUCCCAACCGCCUGGUUUUGCUUUGGGAAAAUUGAUGGGCACAAGCUCAUGUUGGACCAGAUGGAAUCCUUCGACUUCCGGAAUGCUCAAUGUACCUUGGAGACCGAUCGUGUGGUUCUCCAGCGGCAAGUCCUGGACCUCUUCGAGGAGGAUUUGGAUCUCAGUUCAGUUGAAGAAAGAUGUAUAGCUGAGACUUCGGAGGAUUCAAACGAGGAUUUGGAUCGGACAACAGCUGUCACUCCAUUGACUUUGGGAGAAAACGAACCAACGGAGACUUCCAAAUCCGAAAGAUCUUUUCUAGCACAAGCCAUGGCCAUGGACAACUUCAAUGAUUGUGUAAGAGGUCCUUUGCGCGAGAGUGUGAUGAGCUUGAUGGGCCAAGAGGGCGCUGAUAUGCCUUUCAAGCUGCUGGUUGUGUUCGGUCUACCCAUUUGGGGCUUGGGUCUCAUCGAAGUCUUUGGUUGUGAUGGGAACACGGAUUGUCGCGUCUCCGCCUCCAGUGAAGGUUACGCUUCGAUGGCUCGGUACUUUGUCGGGAACGCAGCCAUCAACAUGUUGAUUCCUGUCUUGACUGCCCUGGUUUUUCCGCUGGCACUUCGAAUCAACUUCAUGGUCACAAAGCUGGUAGCAAAGGGCCCUUGGCGCAUGGUCCUUGGUUCAAUCUUCACCACUGGUCUCUUCAUGAUUAUUGAUGCCCUGCAGGCUGCUGGUCCCGGUGCCAUGGUGGUGAUCCUGAAUCGAUUUUCCACCACCUGGCUCAUCGGCUUUCUUGGAGCUUGCGGUCUCUUGUGUUGGCUGGCAUCGCUACUCUUCUUCAGGAGGGUGCCAGACCCUGUUCCAGCACUCUGACCAACGGAAAAAAGAAAAGAGACCGGUGCGAGCUACCUAGCUGUGGUCUGCAGCUGCUUUUUGAGACCUAAGCCAUCGCUCCAUUCAGGUUCAGGUAAAGGAUUGCUCUGAGGCAAACGCCCUAUCAGGCCAAGCUCAAGCAACGCAACUGGGAUGAAAGAGAGCCGGCAAAGCAAGCAGCAUGUUGCGAUGGUUUGGCCACAACAUAAGGCAAUGCCAAACUUUGGCCUGGAAAGGUAAUUGCCAAGAACUUUGAAUCUUUCUUGGUGUGCUUGUGUGUGUGUGUUGUUCCCGUCCUGUGAAAGGACAGAAACAUCCUCUUGUUUGGCCUAGGGGCCCAAGAUUGGAAGCCAUCCCGAGGUCUCCAGGGGUCUCAAGCGAUCUGAUCUGAGGUGAUGAAGGCUAUGGUGCCUCGCUUGACAUUGGGUGCGAAGAGC